GAUAUAGUAUUAGUAGUCGACGGCUCGGCAUCAAUUGGUGCUGCCAAUUUCCAGAAACUCAAACGAAACAUAGCAGAUUAUGCGCUGAGUUUACCAGUCAGCGGUAACGAUAUCAAUCUUGGUUUAGUGGUAUACAGUUCCUCAGUAGCGUCAACUGGUAAAAUCCCUCUCUCUUCCGAAAAGGCAGCACUUGAAGCAGCUAUAAUGGCUCUCCCGUAUCCCGAAGCAGGUACCCGAACUGAUAUUGGUAUAAAU